UGUAAUUAGUUUUCUAAAAUGGCAACCACUCCUUUCCUUUAAGAACCAGUCCUUCUUCUCUUCUCCUGCCCUAAUUUUCUUCUUCUCUAUAAACCUAUAUCCUAGUUUUGUUCUCAUUCAUUCUGCUGUUUCAAAAACCUCAUAAAUAUAUUAUAUACUCCAAUCAAGAAGAAAUGGAUCAAGCAGAGCUUUGCCGGAUAUUCCAAAUGUUCGACAGGAACGGUGACGGCAAAAUCACGAAGCAAGAGCUGAAUGAUUCAUUGGAGAAUCUAGGAAUCUACAUCCCUGACAAAGACUUGGUGCAGAUGAUCGAGAAGAUUGAUCUCAACGGUGACGGGUACGUGGAUAUCGAAGAGUUUGGAGGGUUGUACCAGACGAUAAUGGAGGAGAGAGACGAGGAGGAAGACAUGAUAGAAGCUUUCAAUGUGUUCGAUCAGAACAGGGACGGGUUCAUCACGGUGGAAGAGCUAAAAUCUGUGUUAGCUUCCUUGGGGCUCAAGCAAGGAAGAACCCUAGAGGAUUGCAAGAGGAUGAUAAGCAAAGUUGACGUUGAUGGAGAUGGGAUGGUGAACUUCAAAGAGUUUAAACAGAUGAUGAAAGGUGGUGGAUUUGCCGCCUUAGGAUCAGACUUGUAAAAAUAAAAUAAAAAACCAUUUUUUCGGGUUCGGGUCUGAGACCAAAAAUCAUUGGUUUUUUUCUUCGGAAUGAUUAGUAGGGCAAAGCCACGAAAUCGAUUAAUGGAUUUGCAAAAGAAAAAAAAUCUCAACAAACUUUGUGAGCUUUGUUUUGAAUGCUCAUAUAUAUUAACGUUGUUGAUAAAAAAAAGUUUCCAGUUUUGGGAUUUUGAAACAUAACCAUGUGAAGAAUGAA